AUGAUAAAUCAAAGAUACCAAAUGAUUCCAAUUUGGUACACAGCUGCUUAUCAACACUUUACAACAGGAGAUCCAAUUGUUAAACCUUUAUGGUAUUUGUAUCCCGACAAUGAUGAUUUCCAUGAUAUUUCUGACCAGUUAAUUGUCAGUGAUUCUAUUAUGGUUUGCCCUGUUUUGACUAAAGGAAAAACAUCAAGAAAUGUUGUAAAACCUCCUGGAAAAUGGUUUAAUUACGAAACAGGCCAAGAAUUCAAAGAAACUGGAAGUUUUGACAGUCCUUUGACAAAACCGUUGAUGUUUUUGAAGGCAGGAACUAUAAUUCCUUUAUUUUGCUAG